AUGUGUUUAUCCGCCGUUGGUCGCGGAUUUCUCCGGGUUUUUGGCGGCUUGACCAAUCUGUUGUCUAAAAUAAGGUCCAAAUCCAAAUUAUAUGGCAUUCACAUCCCGCUGGUGCUGUUCUCCACUCUUCUACUGGCAAUUUAUGUUGUGAGUCGUAUUUCCCAACAAUUUUUGUUUGUAGUUUUUCAUUUUCUGACCUUAUUUUAGCCAUUUGUCGCUAUCCCUUUCACCUUCACCUAUAACCUCUGGUACAAGCUGGUUUUUGGGUCCGUUCUACAUGUCAUUGCAAUCCUUGUGAUUUCCUCGCUUUUUUACACCAUAUUGGAGCCAUAUCCCGAGCAUCCGCAGCACCUCAAAGUUGAGGAUGACUUUUUUUACUGGGAAAAAGACGAAAAAUCGCUUUAUGUCGUCGAAAAAUGCGACGAAAUUGGCGCAAAUCUUCGGCAUAUGUGAGUAAAAUAUUUAUACAAUUUUUUUACAUUGUUUUACAUUCAUUUGAAAUCGAUUUUUUUAAAACUUUUUUUUUGAAUUUACAAGGGAAGUACCCCAAGUGCGACGCUCAGAUUUUCUUUAAAUUUUGCACACAUGUCGGUCAUGAACUGCGUAUCAAUUCCUGAAAGUUUUAGCUCGCGCUUUGCAAGCGUCGCCGAGAUAUUGAACGACAUUUGCCGCGGAGAGGGUACGCCUAACGUGGAGAGCGGUCAGAGAGAAAAACGUUUUUUGGCCAUAACUUUGGCAGUUUCGCGCGGAGAAAAUUGAUUUUUUGUGGAAACAUUGCCCUCUAGGGUAGAAAUAGGCAUGAAACUUUUUGUGCCGAAAUUCGGCAAAAAGUCCUAAAUUUUCGCCAACUUUCGAUCUAAAAAUCUCGGUUGUUUCUGCAAAGCGCGAGCUAGAAUUCUCGCAUAUAUUUUAGAAAAAAGUAUUCUAAAUUUGCGCCAAGUUUCAUCAAAAUCUGAGCGUCGCACUUGGAGUAUUUCCCUUGUUAAUCGAGUUUGCCUACAUUUUUUCCAAAAUUUUAAUUUUAUUGUGUUUUUAAACCUGCCUAAGGGGAGAUUAGUGAAAAUAUGUUUUAGAACCGCAGUUUGUGGAACCUGUGGGAUCAUCAAGACCGAACGAGCCCAUCAUUGCUCGCUAUGCAACGUCUGCACCCCAAGACUUGAUCAUCAUUGUGUUGUACUUGGUAGGUCUACACACUGCAAAUUUUUGCUUGCUAUAUCUUUAUGACAUCUUUUCCGAUAUUCUGGGAAAAUUUCAAGCUAUUUGGUUAUCAAAUUUCCCUUUUUUUUACCAAAAAUAAGAUCAAGUCAUCAUGGUGAAUAUAAAAAGUCGAUGUUUAUAACUAUUUCUAGUGUCGAGAGGAUUUGAAAUGAUAGGAUAUAUAAUUUCAGACCGUUGUAUCCAUUAUGGAAAUCAGAAAUCGUUUAUUUUGUUCUUCUUUUACAUGUUAUUCUUCAUCUUUACCUAUGCCAUAGCCAAUGCCGGAUUGAUGCUUUACUUCCGAAAUAUCGCCAUCGAAGGCCAUCCAGGUCACGAAUACAACCUAAUGUUACUACUGGGUGCUUGGAUUUCGCUUACUUCGCCGAUUUAUAACAGUUAUUUGAUGAUUUACUUUGGUCUGGCCCAUAUUUUAAUGGGAUGUGUAAGUUGAACUCGGAGUUGGACGAUUGGGAAACCGAAAAUUAUUAUUUUUCUUCGAUGCAAGUGUGAAAUUAGGAUAAUCGAAGGCGCUGAUUUCGAAAAUGACAUUUAUUACAUAUUUUUUUGAUCUUUACUUUUUUCCUUAAGUAAUACUGUAAAGUACCGAUUUUUUGAAUUUUUUUUCAUGAAUCCCUCGAUUUAGGGGUUUUACGACGGUGCUGCUUUUAAAUCAGAAAGAAUUAAUAAUAUUUUCGAAGUCAGCACCAUCGAAAACCCCUAAAUCGAGUAUUUAUAAAAAAAAAUCAAAAAAUUACUACUUUACAGUACUAGUUAAGGAAAAAUGUAAAGAUCAAAAAAAAAAAUAAUAAUAAUAAUACAGUGACGGACCUGAUCCAGUGGCAAAAAACGUACCAUUUUGCAUCCGGGAAGUAUCAAAAAUGUGGCAAAAUGCUUCCCUCUCCAAGUGAAAAAAAACUUCGAUUUCAAAAGCCCGCUCUUUUUGUGAAGGAGCCCUGGAGAGGGAAUCAUUUUGCCACAUUUUUGAUACUUCCCGGAUGCAAAAUGGUACGUUUUUUGCCACUGGGUCAGGUCCGUUACUGUAUUAUUAUUAUUUUGAUCUUUACUUUUUUCCUUAACUAGUACUGUAAAGUAGUAAUUUUUUGAUUUUUUUCGUAAAUACUCGAUUUAGGGGUUUUCGAUGGUGCUGAUUUCGAAAAUCUUAUUCAUUAUUUUUCUGAUUUGAAAGCAGCACCUCCGUAAAACCCCCUAAAUCGAGGGAUUCAUGAAAAAAAAAUUCAAAAAAUUACUACUUUACAGUACUAGUUAAGGAAAAAAAUAAAGAUCAAAAAAAAAAAAAUGAAUGUCAUUUUCGAAAUCAGCGCCUUCGAUUAUCCUAAUUUCACACUUGCAUCGAAGAAAAAUAAUACUUUUCGGUUUCCCCAAUCCUCCAAGUUCCGUUGAACUUGGCUGUUUUUACCGGUCGUAUAAACAAAUAUGAGAAAAAAAACAUUAUUUUUAUUAUUUUACUUUCAGGUAGCCCUAAUUUUCACUGUCAUUUUCCCCCUUUACAUCUACUAUGCGGUCUACAGUAACUGCACCAUAGCCGCAUGUAACACGGCUGUGGCAUUUAAGUCGACCUUCCCGUAUGCGGGAAUGAAUCCGACAAAUCAGAGCUGUUUUAAGAAGACCAGCAUCAAAGAGAAUUUCGAAGUGAUUUUCGGCGAAUUCGGAUGGAAAUGGCUGGUGCCGUGGAAAACGAAUCAAGGAGAAGGUUGGGUUCAUGAAUGCAGUUGCGAAAAGUCUAUUGCAUUGGAUGAGAAGGUCAUCAAAGUCAAAACUGGAGAGUUUACGGACGAGGAAGUAAGUUUGAGCAGAAAAAUUGAUCAAUUUUAUAUUGUACUAGGUCAUCAGAUAAAAACUUUCGAAAAAUCUUGUUUUUAAAGUUAAAAAUCAACUGUUUAGUAUUUUAAAAUUAGUAAUAACCUCUAUUCUUCAGACUACAUCUACUGAAUCAUCCAUCAAUUCAUUUUCCGCCUAG